AUGCUGAAAACACCUACGAUUGUCUUCAGUGGCGCUGGUAAAACUACCUUGCUGAACACAUUCCUCAAUCGAAAUNUGAAAGGACUCCGAGUAGAAGGACGUGUAGAGAUCAACGGAAAUGUGAUUGGCCGAGAAAUAACUGCCAUAUCGGGUUAUGCCCAGCAAGAGGAAAUGUUCGUUGGCACACUUACCGUUCAAGAAUAUCUAUCUAUCCAGGCUCGUCUUCGCACAAACCUAUCGCAGGAGAGGCGGGAGAAACGUGUGAAUGUGAUUUUGGCUCAGCUUGGGCUCACAAAAUGCCAAAACAACCGCAUCGGAGUCGCGGGCGUCCGAAAGGGAAUAUCAGGAGGCGAAGCGCGUCGUUUGACAUUUGCCUGCGAACUACUGUCAAAUCCGGCCAUUUUAUUCUGUGAUGAACCGACCACCGGAUUGGAUUCCUUCAUGGCCGAGCACGUUGUUGUAGUUCUUUCGAAGCUGGCAAGGAAUGGAAGGACGGUGGUGUGUACAAUACAUCAACCUGCUUCGCAGCUGUUCCUGAUGUUCGAUCGAGUGAUGUUUCUAGGUGAGAAUACUUAUUUCGGGUCUCAUAAUCUUAUGGUAUCAAUCAUUCCCUACAACUCAUACGGUCUUAGGAUCUGA